GUUCGUUGCUGGCUGACGAUCAUCCACCUAACCACCCUCUUCCUCUCUCUCCUCUUCUCUUCCUUAUUCUUUUAUCCUUCCCCUCUCUCUCUCGGACUAUCCCUUAUAACGAUGCAGCUCAGCGCGGUGGCAGGCGCGAUGCUCGGCAUCUCCUUGAUCGCUGGGCACUCGGUCUGGGCCCAAGAGCCAGUGGUGCAGUCGCGCUUCAACCUUUCGAAGCACCAUGCCAAAAGGGACGCCAGCACGCUGAUGUCAGGCGGUAACAACAACGAGGGCGAAGCACACGGCACAAUCAAACCGCCCAAGGGUUCCACUUUCACUGAUAUUCCCGUCGGAAAUGGCGGUGAGACGAUCGCUGCAUACUGGACAAAGAACCCAAACGAGGACAAGGCGAAGCAAGCAUUCAUCUUUAUCCACGGGAAGCUCAGAGACGGAGACAACUACUGGACAAUCAUGAACGAUGCCCUCGAUAGCGCAGUGAAGGCCAACUACCCCGGUGCGGACGAGGAUUCCAUCGUGGUCGCACCAGAAUUCUUCAGCACAAAAUACAACUCAGGGCAAUACUCCAAGUCGGAUCUGGCAUGGCCCGACGUGAACGCCUGGCAGGCCGGCGACCCGGCGAACCACCCAUCGGGAACCAAGCUGACCUCGUUCGAUGCCUUGGAUGCCCUUGUGGACGAAUUCUCCAACUCGACAAGGUACCCGAAGAUGAACAAUAUCACCGUGGCCGGGCAUGGCGGAGGCGGACAGCUCAUCUCUCGGUAUGCCGCCGUCGCCAAGGACCCACCCUCGAACGUCCACGUUCGUUACGUCCACGGUGACCCGUCAUCGUGUGCAUACUUCACGACGGACCGCCCCUCGAUCUCGGGCGAGACUCUUCCGUCCAAGUCAAGCUGCCCCGAGUACAACACCUGGCGUUAUGGCUUCGACAACUUCACAGGCACGUCCGACGGCCUCAAAUCGCCACAAGACUACUUCAAGCAGUACAUCACCCGCGAUGUCGUCUCUAUUGUCGGAUACCAAGACGUCGACGCCAGUGGCGACACGUACUGCAUGGCUGAAAUGCAGGGCGGCACCAAGCGACGUGACCGUAAUCUGAUCUGGUGGCGCUACGUCAACACACUUGCGCGAACCUCUGAGGACCUCACCGGCUUCCCAGGGUCGUACGAUAGCUUGCCCGACUGGAGCAACAUCUCGUCGAACUACAUCAGCACACGUCUUAUUGUCGUGGAAAAUGCCGAUCACAAUCCCGAGGAGGUCUUUUCGUCCGACGAGGGAAGGGCUUCCCUCUUCAAAGACUCGAACCUGCCAACAGGCUGGAGGCCCGACGGCUGGACAGCCGUCCCAUCCCAGGCGCCCCCCAACAGAGGCGCGACCAAUUCAUCGAGCCAGACAAAAGGCUCGAGCGCGACCACUGGUUCGUCCAGCUCCUCUUCUCAGACCACCGGCACGAGUGACGCUUCCACACUUGCCGGCUCGUCUCUCGUCUCUCUUUUCCUUCUCUGCACCCUUGCUCUCUUUCUGGUGUUCUAAUCUCCUUCCUUCCUCAUAAUGGUCAGCAGCACAGGACAAUAACUUCGUUCACCGUACGCAUUCUGUAUAGC